UUUUUUUGUGCCAAUCUGUCAUAUUUAAGAAAAACGAAUUCACCCAUAUUGUUCGCUGCGAUUGUAUAUUUUCCGCAAGCUAAUAUUUAUAAAUUAUUUUUACCUAAAGUAAAUAAAAGUGCAAGUAAAAAUGACCGAUCCAGGUCAAUGGUAUAAACAGUUACCUCGUUUCACACGCUACUGGCUAACAGCCACGGUUGUGCUCAGUUUGCUGACCCGCUUCGAUGUAUUGCCCUUGGAAUCAGUGUACCUAAGCCGCGAUGCCGUUUGGGGGCGCUUGCAAUUAUGGCGCUGUGUUACCGCCUUAUUCGUCUACCCGAUGACAUCAGCGACGGGAUUCCAUUUCCUCAUCAAUUGCUACUUCAUUUUGCGCUACAUAGCGCAGCUGGAAAAGGAGCAAUUUGGGCGCAGCCCAGCUGAUUACCUCUACAUGUUGCUGAUAGUUGCCGUGCUAGCUAAUAUCGGUGGCAUGUUAUUUAAUGUAUAUUUCCUCAUGGACCUGUUGGUGGUAUCAACAACAUACAUUUGGUGCCAACUAAAUAAAGAUGUUAUUGUAAACUUCUGGUUUGGCACACGAUUUAAAGCUGUCUACUUACCGUGGGUGUUAGCGAUUAUGGAGCUAGUAUUCCAAGGGUCGAUUGCGUCGUUAAUUGGCAUAUUUAUUGGACAUUUCUAUUACUUUUUCAAAUUCCAAUAUCCACAAGAACUUGGUGGCAAUGCAUUUUUAGAAACACCGUUUCUGCUAAAACAAUAUGUGCCGGAUGUGAGUGGUGGCUUCAGCGGUUUUGGUGAGCCACCGGUGAGUCGCGCACCUCAGCGACCAGCACCUGGAAAUGCGUAUUUCGGCGACACUUGGGGACGCGGUAACCAAUUGGGACGCAAUUAAGUGGAGGUUGAGCUGAAAAGAGGUAAUGAAGUGGAAUAUAUUACAAUGCAAAUUUCUAAAUUUGGAAAGAUAUUAUUAUGUGGAACAACUUUUAUUUAAAUCACUAUAUUUGUAAACGUGUAUGCAUACAUGCAUACAUAUGAGAGCAAUCAGUGCACUAUCCUUUGUGCAUUUUCGAUUGAAAAACUUAUUUUGCAACAUCUCAUUUCUCCCGAUAUUUCCACUGGGUGCACUGAAAACAACGCAUUCCAUGAUAAUGAUAUCAUCGUCGUACAUACAUAUUUCAAUUUAGUAUAGAUUUUGGUAUGUUAUUAAUAUUCACACAAUGGUAUGUGAUGGUAAUAGCUUUGUAAAUAGUGUAAUAAUAAAAAAGAACAGAUUUAUUAUAUUAACAAUUUAUUAAAAUUAA